UCGAUAACUCUUAACCAUUCUGAACUAGUACGAAAAAGUUUGGACUUUGUUGUCGUCUUCAUUUUUGACUUUGACAACUGACAAGUCGUCAAGUGUAAAGAGGUGUGCCCGUGUUCGGUGUUGGGGUGUAACUAUUAGUGAGACAGAUGUAAGUGAUUAAUUGGUGCACAUCAACAGUUUGGCACCAAUCAUGGAGCUUACACCACACGUGCAAGAGAAGCUGCACUCAGGGCACAAGCUCACUGCUGUUGUUGAGGCGGGCCUUGUGCAGGAAUUUAUUAAGACAACUCGUGUUGUUGCUUUAAUUGAAAUUGCAACACAGGAAGCUAAACAAGGUGGAGAGCAGGCUCUCCUUAUUUUCCAAACAGCUCGUGUUCCGGUCCAUAGUGCUAUUGAUUUAAGCAUUGAACAAGUUCUUCCGAUAGACAACAGUCUUAAGUGUGAGAUUGAUACGUCCAGCACAGAUGUAGAUACUGAUGUCCUUGUAAAUAUUACUUCGGGUAAAAUCCGCCUUUUAUUCGAAAUGCCUUUCAGUCAGCGAACCAAUACUUUUGUGUCAGAGGUGUUAAGGGCUGCAGAAGUCCUUAGUAAAAGAAGAGGGCCUCCUCCAGAGUUCGCUUGGUUGUCGCCUUAUCAGAAUGCAGCCACCAAUACUAAUUCACCAGAAGCUGGGUUAAGCACACCAGUGAAUGGUCCAGAAAAUAAUAUAGGAGAUGGAACAUCCCCUCUGGUUGAUGUUGGUGAGGGCCCACCUCAGACGCCACCUUCUCCUUAUCUGGAUCCAUCUGUUGCAAUAACUGAUAGCACCAGUAUGCAUGGUGAAAGCGAGAGGAGCCCUGAACUUGGCGUUAAUCGUCACAGUAUUGCUACUGGGAUCUCGCCUACUCCAAUAGCAGCAAGGGAGAGUCACAUUAGACAUCAAAUGGCUUUACGAGAAGACUCAUAUACAGAUAUUCAUGAAUUUGUUAUAUUUGUUGGAACCUGGAAUGUAAAUGGCCGCUCACCAACUAUUGGUUUGGCUGACUGGUUAGCUGUAGAUGAAGAGCCCCCUGACUUAUAUUGCAUAGGUUUUCAGGAACUUGAUCUGAAUACAGAAACAUUUUUGUUUAAUAAUACGCCAAAGGAACAAGAAUGGCUAAAUGCCGUUUUAAAUGGAAUCCAUCCAAAAGCUAAAUAUCAAAAGGUCCGUCUUGUACGUUUAGUUGGCAUGAUGCUGAUUAUCCUGGUACAAGAAAAAUACUUGGCUUACAUACGUAAUGUAGCAGUUGAUACUGUUGGGACCGGGAUAAUGAAUAAACUGGGAAACAAAGGGGCAGUGUCAGUUAGAUUAGAUCUCCACAGCACUUCAAUAUGCUUUGUUAAUGCACACAUGGCAGCUCAUAUGGAUGAAUUAGAAAGGCGUAAUGAAGAUCACGACUGUAUACUUCAAAGAACGUGUUUCCAUAUGAACAUCAAUAGCCCUCCAAAGACUAUCAGGGAUCAUGAUCACAUAUACUUCAUUGGCGACAUGAACUACAGAAUAAAUCCUUGUGAUUUGAAUAUCAGGGAAUUAGCAAGCAGUGGUCAGUUUAAGGUUUUGCUGGAAUAUGAGCAACUACUUCAACAAAAAGCCAUGAAACGCAUUUUCCAUAAAUUCACUGAGGGUGAAAUCACUUUUAAACCUACCUUCAAGUAUGAUGUUGACAGCGAUGAAUGGGAUUCUAGUGAAAAGGCAAGAGACCCUGCAUGGUGUGAUAGAAUUUUAUGGUUUGGGGAUACUAUUAAGCAACGUGUGUACAGGUCUCAUCCGUCAUUGAAGAUAAGUGAUCACAAGCCAGUCAGUGCUUUAUUUGUAGCUGGGAUCAAGGUAAUUGACACGCGACGCUAUCGUCGUAAUUAUGAAGAGGUAAUGAAGAAAUUAGAUAAACUUGAGAAUGAAUUCUUGCCACAAGUAACAGUAGAUACUACAGAAGUUAUUCUUGAGCCAGUGAAGUUCUUACAUCCUCAAACAAAAUACCUCACCAUUGCCAAUACUGGACAGGUUCCUGUGCAGUUUGAAUUCAUCAAAAAAUUAAAUGAUACAACUUAUUGCAAGCCAUGGCUUUCUAUUCGACCAUAUAUCAACUUUAUGAUGCCUGGGGAUAAGUGUGAUGUUGUUCUUGAAGUACUUGUGGAUAAAAGAACAGCAGCCCAUUUAAAUUCAGGCCAUGAUAAGCUAUAUGACAUUUUAGUUUUACAUUUGGAUGGCGGAAAGGAUCUCUUCAUUACUAUAACAGGUGAUUAUGAGAGGAGCUGUUUUGGAUCAUCUAUUAAUGCCCUUGUUCAUAUGAACAAACCAUUUAAAGAAGUUCCCAUGGCAAGGCUGAUAGAUUUGGAAAGCAAACAACCAAAGGACCUGAGUGAAAUGCCGUAUGCAGUACCAAAGGAAUUGUGGUAUUUGGUUGAUCACCUUCAUUCACAUGCACUGCAGGUGGAGGGUUCUUUUACAUAUCCAGGUCUUCAAAAGGAAAUUAUUGAAAUUAGGCCAUCGGAAUUUCAUCUUAUUAAAUGCUCAUCUCUUAUAUGCACAAUGUUUGCCAUCAAUGCUCCUAUUUUUGAGCUCAUUGUGAAGUCUAUGGCUCAAUUAGGGUCUUCAUUGGAAGCCAUAAUGGAGAAGAUUGAGUGCCCAGCAGCGCCUGUUCGUACAUCUCUGGAGCUUCCUGUAACACCUGAUCACCCAGUGAUGCCCAUUCCCCUGGAUGUUGUGGAGCUACCUGUGGUGCUUGAUUCUUCUGCUUCAGUUCUGAAAUGCCGUCAAUCUUUAUCGUUGACUGAGGAUCCUUUAUUACCUACUAUUAAGAAGAGGUUGGAUGAUAUUUUCUGGUUUUUGAAGAAGCUAUCGACUGCACCUCACCCGGUCUCAGAUGUAAAUUUAUCCCCUGUGUCCUCAGUAGAGAAAGAAGCAGUUAAAAAAGCAGAAGAGGACUUGUCUUCAACGGCGUACAGGUCGCGUCUUCGUCACCUACCUCAUACUUUCCUCAAAUUUUUUACUCCAACAGUUCUUGCAUCACCGGCAUCUACUGUUAUGAUGAAUAGCCAUACUCUGGAUCAGAGCAAGCUUCUUCCUAGGAUGGCCAUAGUGAACGACAUUCUCGUGCCUGCACAAGAAAUCUAUUCUGUAUCUCUUUGUCGCAAGCUUCCAAGUGGACUAAGGAACCUCCUACCUUUUUUUCAAGGUUUUCACGUGUGUUCUAGCUCCCCUGGCACGUUGGCUUCAUCUUAUGAGGAUGAACAUCUCCCUUUAUUUGGACGAUUAGCUCCUUCAAUCAUCGUCGAAGGACCAAUGCAUAGAGGACCUUCACAAGACACUUCAAUUGGCCCAAGAUCUGGGUCUUCUCAUAAACUUGCAGAAGUCCCAGCUUGUCCCAUCUCAGGACUUGUCUUGAUGAGGUGUCCAGAUAACUUGCUACCUGGUGGUGUUCAUUCUGUUGCUGAGGCCUUGUUGUUGUUCUUGGAAGCUUUACCUGAACCUGUUAUACCCUUUGAUCUUUAUGAUGAAGCAUUAAAUGCUACUCCAAACUUUUCUCUUUGCAAAGAGAUUGUCUAUAAAUUGCCUGUAUAUCAUCGAAAUGUAUUUACUUACUUGAUGGCUUUCCUGAAAGAGCUGCUUAAUCAUUCAGAAGACAAUAAUCUUGAUGCCAAGACGCUUGCUCUAGUAUUUGGGAGUAUUCUUCUGAGAGAACAGCCCGAGUCAACAGCUGAGCGUCGAAAUAAUUCUCAAGCAGUUGAAAGGCGGAAGCAAACUUUUGUCCACCAUUUUCUUAUGAAUGAUUAUGAGUGAUAGACUGGCGAGUCUUUUUAGUCUUGUAAGCUAGAAAAUACCAGGAGUGCUAUUCGUAAUACAGGUAUUGCAUAUAUUUUUUACUGAUUACAUUGUAAUGUAGCUUAAAUUCUAGUCCAGAUGUGUAAGAAACUUGACUCAUUCCAUAACUACUUCAGAGUUACUGGGGACUCUUUCCAUAACCUCUUAAGAGUUACUGGAUUAUAUUGUAAAUAAUUUAACUUAUUUAUAAAUUUUGGUUUUGCUAGUUUUACAUAUUUAAAAGACAAAAGCUGUAUAUUUAGCAUUAUAUAUUUUUAUCUAAUUAUUGUUCUGUAUUUUUAGGAAUGUGCAGAGUGCUUUCCAUUGUUAUGAUAUAUGCCUCCUUGUGAUCCAGGUAGUUUGUAUAGUUUUGUAAUAGAAAAGACUUGUUCGCAAUGUCCAUUAAAUCUGAAAUUCAACACAA